GGGCGCGGGGCCCGGGCCUUCGGCGACCCCGGCCCAUGGCCAGCCCGGCCCCGCCCGCCGCGGACGAGCUGCCCGGCGCGGCGCGGCGCCUCUACUCCAGGAUGGAGGCCUCGUGCCUGGAGCUGGCCCUGGAGGGCGAGCGGCUCUGCAAGGCCGGGGACUUCAAGGCGGGCGUGGCCUUCUUCGAGGCGGCCGUGCAGGUGGGCACCGAGGACCUGCGGACGCUGAGCGCCAUCUACAGCCAGCUGGGCAACGCCUACUUCUACCUGAAGGAGUACGCCCGCGCCCUGGAGUACCACAGGCACGACCUGCUGCUGGCCCGGACCAUCGGCGACCGCAUGGGGGAGGCCAAGGCCAGCGGGAACCUGGGCAACACGCUCAAGGUCCUGGGGCGCUUUGACGAGGCUGCUGUCUGCUGCCAGCGGCACCUGGACAUCGCCCAGGAGCAGGGCGACAAGAUCGGAGAGGCGAGGGCGCUGUACAACAUGGGGAACGUGUACCACGCCAAAGGCAAGCAGCUGUCCUGGAGCGCCGCGCAGGACCCCGGGCACCUGCCCCCCGACGUCCGCGAGACGCUGCGCAGGGCCUCCGAGUUCUACGAGAGGAACCUGUCCCUGGUGAAGGAGCUGGGCGACCGGGCGGCCCAGGGCAGGGCCUAUGGCAACCUGGGCAACACCCACUACCUGCUGGGGAGCUUCGUGGAGGCCACGACCUUCCACAAGGAGCGCCUGGCCAUCGCGAAGGAAUUUGGAGACAAGGCCGCCGAGCGGAGGGCCUACAGCAACCUGGGGAACGCCCACAUCUUCCUGGGGCGCUUCGACGUGGCUGCCGAGUACUACAAGAAGACGCUGCAGCUGUCCCGGCAGCUGAAGGACCAGGCGGUGGAGGCGCAGGCCUGCUACAGUCUGGGCAACACCUACACGCUGCUGCAGGACUACGAGCGCGCCGCCGAGUACCACCUGCGCCACCUGCUCAUCGCCCAGGAGCUGGCCGACAGAGUGGGCGAGGGCCGGGCGUGCUGGAGUCUGGGGAACGCCUACGUGUCCAUGGGGAGCCCGGCGCAGGCCCUCACCUUCGCCAAGAAGCACCUGGAGAUCUCCCAGGAGAUUGGGGACCGAAACGGGGAGCUGACGGCCCGCAUGAACGUGGCGCAGCUGCAGCUGGCGCUGGGCCGGCUGAGCAGCCCGGCGGCCGCAGAGAAGCCCGACCUGGCCGGCUACGAGGCUCAGGGGGCCAGGCCCAAGAGGACGCAGCGGCUGAGCGCGGAGACCUGGGACCUGCUGCGGCUGCCCCUGGAGCGGGAGCAGAAUGGAGACAGCCACCACUCCGGGGACUGGCGGGGGCCGGGCAGGGACCUGCUCCCCCUCCCCAUGAGGAGCAGGAAGUACCAGGAGGGGCCCGACGCGGCUGAGAGGAGGCCCCAGGAGGGCGGCCACUCCCCGCUGGACAGCGCCGAAGUCCGGGUGCAGAUGCCACGCACGAGCCUCCCUCGGGUCCCGUCCUCGGACGAGGAGUGCUUCUUUGACCUGCUGAGCAAGUUCCAGAGCAGCCGCAUGGACGACCAGCGCUGCCCCCUGGAGGAGGGCCAGCCCGGGGCCGCCGAGGCCAUGGCCGCCCCCGCCCUGGAGGAGAGGAUGGCCCAGCCCCCGCUCACAGCCUCCCCGCAGACCGAGGAGCUCUUCGACCUCAUCGCCAGCUCGCAGAGCCGCCGGCUGGACGACCAGCGGGCCAGCCUGGGCCGCCUCCCGGGGCUGCGCGUCACCCACAACAACCUGGGCCACCUGCGCGGCGACAGGGACCCCCCGGCGCCGGGGGACGAGUUCUUCAACAUGCUCAUCAAGUGCCAGUCCUCCAGAAUCGACGACCAGCGCUGCCCGCCGCCCGACGGGCUGCCCCGCGGGCCCACCAUGCCCGACGAGGACUUCUUCAGCCUCAUCCAGAGGGUGCAGGCCAAGCGCAUGGACGAGCAGCGGGUGGACCUCGCCGGGAGCCCGGAGCAGGAGGUGGGCGGGCCCCCCGAGCCUCGGCAACAGUGCCAGCCUGGCACCAGCUAAGGCCUCGAACCCACAGCCAGGCCCCCCCUCCUCCUGGAUGCCCCGGGAGCGGCUCUGUCGUCCAGGAGGCCCACAGCCUCUGAGGAGCUGAUCCUGCCAAGGCCGUGGCUGAAGGCAGGCUGGGCUCCCCGCCCUUCCCACUGAGCCGGACACUGGGCACCGCCCCCUCCGAGUGUCCCUCCCCAGGGCGGCAGGCUCGGCCAGGCUGCCUGCGGGGGGAGGCCUUCUCUGUCCUGGGCCCACCCCCCGUGGUACACAGCUCCCCGCAGGCCUGCCCGGCCAGCCCUCCCUCGCCCCGGCCCCGGCCCCGGCCCCUGCCCCGUGGGCCUGCAGCAUGGCGGCCCCAGACCGGUGCUGUCCAGGCCUGGGCCUCUCCCUGCCCCACCGCUGUCCUGCGGCCAAAUGUGAAAACCCUGCUGCCGCCCCACCCCCAAAGGCUCUGUGCAGCCUCCUCGGGGGCCGCCAGCAACAUGGACGUCUGUCCCCCCAGAGCUGGUCCCAGCCCCGGCCUCACCCCCAGGAGGGCCCCUCCCUGCCUCCUACCCAGGCUGCGGCGGGGGACAGGACGCACACAGCGGAGGCAGCUCACCUGCUCCCACGGCCCCUGGCCCUGAGCCCCAGCCCCACGCAGCCCUGAGCAGGCAGCCCGAGAGGAAGGAGGGGGUGAGCGUCCCCUUUCCUCAGCUCCGAGCUCUGGAGCCCGGCCGUGGAUGGGGCCUGGCUCUGCGGGGACCGGGGCCGGCCAAGCCUGCACCUGCCCAUGCAGGACGGGCAAUGGCCUUGAGCCUGCCACACCACGGCCAUGGGGUGGCAGCGGGUCAGCAAAGCUGGGAGGCUCAGCUCCGCCCUCCCCCACCAGCUAGGGCUACAUCGUCCCUGCCUCCUCCGUAUGUGGAGGGGGGUCUGCCCCUCCCUGUACCCAAGUUGGCCACGGGAUGGGCAGGAGACAGCCCUCACCCACACCCGUUCCUGGGCCCACUUGCAGGCCCCCCUCCACCCCCACCCCCACCCCCACCCCCAGGCCUGGGGUUGAUUCUCUGCCCCAAGACACAGGACGGCACCUCCUCUUCCAGGUCCUGCUCUCAGUGCCCAGCCCUGGGCCCUGGGUGGAGGGGAGGAUGCAGUGAGGGGUGUGGGGACCCGAGGGCGGGGCUGGCAGGUGCGGGUCGCCGUCCGGUACUUGAAUGUACGUGCGUAUUUAUUGCCCUCACGUGUCUGCCACGCUGUCCCAGGCCCUUUCCAAACCAAGGGUACAUCGUUUUUGUUUUUCCGGAGAAAUAAAGUCGGCCAAGC